AUGGCAGAUCUAUAUCCUCUUCCCUCUGAAGAUCAUUUGCGGUCAUUGUAUGUAGGACGAUCACUUGAUGGGAUCCCAACCCCAGCAGCGAUCAUCGAUCAGGCGAAAGCUCGUCAUAAUUGCCAUCUACUCCUUGAUGCUAUUAAAGCUGCGGGUGUUAGCUUUCGAGCUCAUGUGAAGACGCACAAGACUACUCAACUGACUCGUCUCCAAGUGGGAGCGGAUUGCAAAGAUGUCAGACUAGUGGUCUCUACGCUGAUGGAGGCAGAACAGCUGGUGCCGCUUUUGCUCGAGUACAAGAGCCGAGGAGCGGCUGUCAAUGUGCUUUAUGGUGUGCCAUUAGGACCGUCACAGGCGGAACGAUUCGGUGCGGUGGGUAAGACGAUGGGAGAGGGUAGCAUUGCUGCCAUGGUCGACGAUAUUGGCCAACUUCCUGCUUUGACAGUUAUCAAGCACUUUGCCGGAUUUGCACCCGCAGUUUUUGUGAAGAUCGACACUGGCUAUCACAGGGCAGGUCGUGCACCUGGGUCGUACACUUUGAACACGCUGCUAGAGCAGAUUGAUGUAGGCGAAGAUGCGGGCAAUUGUGUUUUCAAAGGAUACUAUAGUCAUGCCAGCGAUAGCUAUGGAAACAACACCCCACAAGAAGCAAUAACUCGGUUAAUGGAAGAGAUAGAACUGUGUGGAGUUGCAGGUAGGAGCCUAUCUUUAUCCCGCAAGUAUGGCAGAAGACCUGUGAUAUCGGUCGGAGCUUCACCAACUGCGGUAUCUGUUCAAAACAUUGAAACUGGAUCCGUAGAUGUCGAAAUUGCAGGCAAAUGGAAGGAACUUCUCAAAAACGAGCAAUGUCAUUUCGAGGUGGAAAUCCAUAGUGGUGUCUACCCACUGCUAGACAUGCAACAAAUUGCCACCAAUGCAAGACCGUUUCAAGGCGACCCUCAUGAUUCAAUCGCUUUGACGGUCCUGGCUGAAGUUCGCAGUCUGUACUCGGAACGUAAGCCACAGGAGGCUCUCAUGGCGGCUGGUACCCUCGUCUUGGGAAGAGAGCCAUGCAAAUCAUACAGUGGUUGGGGUGUUCUGACACCGGACGGACCCGAGGAAGAUCAAGUGACAAAUGGCAGAAUUGUGGUCAGUCGAAUUAGCCAGGAGCAUGGGAUUCUGUCAUUCGAGAAUGGUGGCCUCGAUCGCGCAUUGCCUCUUUGGGUGGGGCAGAAUGUCAGGAUUUGGCCAAAUCAUGCUUGCAUUGCUGGUGCUGGUUUUAAUUGGUACUUCAUAGUUGACUCGAGCUCAGAGUCCCCAAAUCGUGUCAUUGACAUCUGGGUUCGUUGGCGCGGAUGGUAA